AGUACCGAUAAACGUCAAACAAGGUUUGUGCUGUUGCUAUCAGAGUUACACAAGUUUUUAAAGGUGAAACUACUUAAAAUAAUGGAGGAAAUCGAUGGAAACGCAAUUCUAGCCCAAGCCCUCAAAGAACAGGGAAUCGAGUAUGUCUUCGGCAUCUGCGGCUUUCCGGUAAUCGAGCUGAGCAUGGCCUUUCAAACGGCGGGAAUCCACUACAUCGGCAUGCGUAACGAACAAGCCGCGUGCUACGCCGCCCAGGCCAUGGGCUACCUAACCGGAGUUCCCGGAGGCGUCCUCGUGGUCUCCGGUCCCGGAUUAUUGCACGUUUGUGCCGGAAUGGCCAAUGCCCAAGUCAAUUGUUGGCCUGUUGUAGUCAUUGGCGGCUCAUGUCCGCAAGACCACGAAGGAAUCGGGGGCUUCCAAGAGUGCUACCAAGUCGAAUUAGCUCGACCUUAUUGCAAAUACUCGGCUCGUCCUCCCAGCCUCUCCCUCAUCCCCCAGCACGUGGAAAAAGCCGUGCGGUUGGCCACAUACGGCCGACCCGGAGCCGUCUACUUGGACUUUCCCGGGAAUCUGCUCCAGGCCCGGACUACUGUCGACAAGAUUCCCAAACAGUACAUCUCGCCUGAAAUUCCGGUGAUUUACCCGGAACCGAGGAAAAUCGACGAAGCCGCUGCUUUGAUAAGCGGGGCUCAGAGGCCACUUGUGAUUGUUGGAAAAGGAGCGGCGUAUGCACGUGCCGAAGGACAAGUCCGCGAGUUGGUUGAUUCGACAAAUUUACCAUUUUUGGCGACUCCUAUGGGAAAAGGGGUGGUUUCGGACACCAACCCCAACUCGAUACAGCCUGCUAGAUCACUAGCGUUACAAAGAGCCGAUGUUGUUUUGUUACUAGGGGCUAGAUUGAACUGGAUUUUGCACUUCGGACGCCCCCCGAGAUACAACUCAAACGUCAAAGUUAUCCAAAUUGACGUUUGUGCCGAAGAAUUGAACAAUAGUGUCAAGUCGGCUGUGGCCAUACAAUCUGAUCUUAAACCAGCAGUGGGGCAAUUGGUCGAAAGUCUCAAAAGGCGUGGCUUCACGUUCAGCAAACACUCCGAUUGGUGGAACGAUCUUAACAAGAAAAUUCAAGAUAAUAAAAGAAAGGUGCAAGAAAUGAUCCUUGAUAUUUCUGAACCUUUGAACUACUACGCCGUUUUCCAUCAUUUGCAAGAAGUGUUGCCCCAAAACCCCAUUAUUGUGAGUGAGGGAGCAAACACCAUGGAUAUAGGACGAUCAGUACUGAUGAACGCCUUACCGCGUCAUAGAUUAGACGCUGGUACUUUUGGUACCAUGGGUGUGGGUCUAGGUUUUGCCAUUGCGGCUGCCCUUUAUUGCCGCCAUUUUGAACCCAAGAAAAGGGUUAUUUGUGUCGAGGGAGAUUCAGCGUUUGGGUUCUCGGGGAUGGAGAUUGAGACCAUGGUACGAUACAAACUCCCAGUUAUAAUCGUCGUGGUUAACAAUUCAGGUAUUUAUGGUGGUGUACCCCAGGAGGUCUUCAAGGAUUUACAGGAAAGUGGAGAAGUUACGAAAGUGACUCCCCCCACAACUCUGUUUACUAGUACCCGUUAUGAAAAAAUGAUGACAAUGUUUGGACGAGAAGGGUACCACUGUACUAGCAUUUCCGAGUUGCAGAAAGCCGUCAAAGAAGCAUUGAAAGAGACUGAAGGCCCCACCAUUAUCAAUGUUGUCAUAAGCCCCUCAGCUGAUAGAAAACCGCAAGAUUUCAACUGGUUGACUGAAUCAAAAUUGUAAAUUUUUUAAAUUGUUGUUAUAAUAAACUGUUGGUUAAUUACGAAAA